AUGUCAAAGCUUAUAUGUCUGCUCUGUCUUCUCACUAACGUAGACUCAAGCACCUAUGAUCUAAGCUCAAGCAUAGCUGCACUCAAUCGGGGGCUGCAGAGCAAAACCAACAUUAUCUACACGGAGUCCGCACAGCCCUUAGAUAUCUAUGAGCGGGUCUGUGAGGCCCUCAGCCAUGUCCCUAGUGUACUGUUGAAGAGAACCGAUCAGAGCAGCCUGAGCAGCAUCAACGACCUUCAUCUGCCCAAGCCCCUUUUGGUGAUACUGCCGAAGCCCAGCCCAGUCCAAGCCGAAGCCAUGUUCGAGCAGCUGCCCACAGAAAUGCAGCAAUCGGAUUUCCUGAUCGUGGGCUGCGACACAGCAGCAAACUGGCAUCAGUUGCUUUCAGCCCUCUGGCAGCAGGGCUUCCCGAAUGUGCUGCUAUUCAACAGCACAGACAGAGGAGGGCUCCGGGGUCAGUUUUAUACCAGCGGCUUUUAUCCGCAGAGACAGCUGCAGCGCUGCAGCAUCGAGGAUUAUUUGUGGAGUCGCCAGCACUGGUUCGACAAUCUCGGGGGCCUGGAGGUGCGCGUGGCGCUCUAUAACGAUCCGCCACGCAGCUUGGUCUAUCCCGAAAAUGAUAUGUACGCUGGCUAUGCUCUGCUGCUGCUGCGGGAGUUUCUGGCCCACCGCGGGGCCAAGUUUGUGCCCGUACUAACGCCCAACCACAGCGUCUUCUCCCCCCACGACUGUCUCAAAUACAUACACAACAAUCUGUCCGACGUCUGUGGGGCGCUGUUGGCUUACUCCAACGAAGUUAGCUUUACCGCCAGCUAUACGUACUUGUACGUCAAUAUCUUGAUUCCCAAUGCGCAGCCCAAGUCCAAGAACUACUAUAUUAUAGCCCCCAUGCAGCUGAAGACAUGGCUGUCCAUGCUCCUCUAUAUAGCCAUCACCUGUAGCUUCGUCAGCUGCGUCUGCCGGCUGCAGCGGGGGCGAUGGGAAUGUGGCCGAUUUCUACUAGAUAUCAUUUCCAGUCUGCUCUGUGUGGGCUUCGAGCUGCGUCAUAUUACGGGCUGGCAGUACUACAUCUUGUAUUCUAGCAUUUUCCUAGUGGGCUUCAUGAUCGCCAACUAUUACCUAGCGUAUCUAGCAACCAUACUCUCGACGGGUGUCUACGAGCCCGAAAUACGCAGCUUCGAGGACAUGGUUGAUCGGAAUAUUAGCAUCCUGAUCGGGGACUACGACAAGAAGGUGUUCGAGAUCUACGACUUUCCGGACAUACUGUGGAAUAUAACCCGUCUUGUGUCGUACCCCUUCAUACAGGCGCAUCGGCGAGUCUUUGACGCCAAAUACGCCUACUUGGCGCACAGCGAUCGCCUGGUACUCUUCGCUUUCCAGCAACAGUAUAUGACCAAGCCCCGCAUGCGUCCCCUGCCCAUAGAUCUGCAGCACUCGUUGCCGGGUUUCCCAAUGCGUCGCCACUGGCUGCUGAAGCACAAGCUCAGCGAGGCGGUGCUCAAUAGCUUCGGCAGUGGACUACUGGACAAGCUGGCCGACGACACCAAUCAACAGACCAUACACAUUGGCUACUUGAACCUGAUACCCUCGGAGCCAUACGAGGCGAAGCCCCUGACAUUGGACUACUUCAAUGUGCCGCUAAUUAUGCUCGUAUUCGGUCUAAUCAUUGCAUUUGUCUGCCUCAUCGUCGAGUUACUCUGGCGACGUAUACACGGCGCGUAUACACCCGAUCGGUGCGAAAGAACUGGAGUAGCUGAAUAGGA